AUGCUUCCGCCUCCGCUUUCACACCAUCUUCUGCUCUCCUGCAUCUACAUCGCCCUUUUCCUCCUCGCCUGCUUUGAUCUGGUGGUCCUGGUCGUGCAAGGACCUGCCGCGGUGAUGUUUCAGCGCCUCCGCGACGCCAUCGACUCUCGCAUCGCAGAGGAACAGGCACGUCAAAAGUCUGCCCAGGAUAAUAUCUCCCGAUCGAAUUCGGCUCGCCGUCCGCCGAAUAGCAAUCUCUCUCCCGGUCAACGUUCCCGCCCCCGACGCAAUACGGGGACUCCUGUUCGCGGACCCGACCCUAAAGAAUUUGAGGCGGAAUUUGCGAUCGGAGAUGAUGAGGACUCGAGUCGCUCGGCGACGCCUCGUUUAGAGACGCCGGAGGAUGUUUCGGAGACCACUACCCUCGCCGAGACGGAGCACGGCGAAGAUGGUGAGAAGGGCAAGACAAAGGCGCCCGUCGAUACACCAGGAAAGGAGAAUGCUUCAACUGCAGAGAAGGGGCCAACAAGCCAGCCAACUAUUGAACUACCGGCAGAAGUGAGGGGAAAGUUGCGCAGGCUGGAUAAACUCGAAGUCCGAUACCAUGAACUCCUCAAGGCAUACCGCGCGGCGCAUUCGCGUGUCCUCUCGAUAGAACCAUUCGAAGCUGCUCUACGCGAAAACACCCCCCUCACGUCGAUCGCCGAGCCGAAGGCCUUCACCGAGUAUCUCAAUCAGAUGUCGCUGAAGAGCGACAUGGUUAUCGAUGAACUUAAGCGUGUGACAACCGACCGUGAUGACUACAAAAAGAAGCUAGAGGAGGCUCAAAAAGCAACCAAGGCUGCACACGACGAGCUGACUGGUCUGAAGAAGGAGAAGGAGGAAUCUACAAAGGAGACAAAGAAGUCACCCGAACAGAAGGAAGAAGCUAGCGAGGACUUCUUCUCAUUUGAUAAUGAGGUUCCCCGGCUUGAGGGAGAAUUGAAGGAGAAGCAGGAGGAGGUCGACACUCUCAAGACCGAAGUGGACAAGCUCAAGAAGGACCUUUCUGUUGCGCGCGAGUCAACGGAAGGAAUGGUUCAGAGCUUGGAGACGUCAACCCGAGAGCUUGUGGAAUUGCGUGACACCAAGGAUAAACUCGAUGCCGAAAUCAAGACCUUGAAAACGUCCAACGAGAAGGAGGUCCAGGAGCUUAGGACCAAGCUUGCGGAUACCGAGUCGUCGCUGGAAAAGGCCACCACCGAAGUCGAGAAGCUUAAGACCGAGCUGACGGACAAGAGCGGAGAAAUCGAAAAGUUGCAGGCCCAGGUUGCUCAGGCAGACAAGACCGAAACGCCCGAGGUCGAUCCUAAACUACUUGAGCAGCUGGAUGAAGCUAAGAAAGCCAAGGAUGCCAGUGAGAAGAAGCUAGGUGUUGUCCAAAGCUUGGUGGACACCUUCAAGUCGCAGCUCAAGGAGGCCGAGUCUCAGGUUUCGAACCUGAAGAAGGAGGUUGAUCAAAAGUCCGAUGAUUCUUCUAAGCUCCAAAUGAUUGUCGAUUUCGUGGAGGCAGGCCUAGACGGAAACACAGCUUGGAAGUCUGCCAAGGAGAAUGUCGCCGCUGGCAAGACCGCCGACUUUGAGGAGAUCCGCAAGAGCCUUGCCCCAGUCGAGAAGGCCGUGGAGCCAAGUGCUCCUGCUCCGGCUGCUGAGGCCGAAACGCAACCUGCUGCUAGUGGAGGCGCUGGUGGCAAGAAGAAGAACAAAAAGAAGAAGAAGGGAGGCAAGGCUGCAGAGGAGGCAACCAAGCCGGAAGAGACCACCACUGUAGAGCAGCCCGCCCAAGGCAUAUCUGCUCCAGCAACUUCUUCUAAAGACCUUGACGAGCUCAAGGAAAAGAUUGAGUCGUUGACCCAGCAGUUGUCCGAAAAGGAGGCAGCCAUUGACCGCCUCAGCGCUAAGCUCAAGGGCGAAGAGGAUCUCAAGGAGGAGAUCGAGUCCUUGCGUGAUGACCUCAUCAACGUCGGACAGGAGCACGUCGAAGCCAAGGACAAGAUUAAGGUGCUGUCUGCCGAGAAGUCUGCUCUGGAGGAGACCAUUGGCAAACUGGAGAAGGAGCUGGCUGAGAUCCGCACGAGCAACGCCUCCAGCUCGGCCGAUUCCGAGAAGCUGCAUAACGACUUGAAGGAUGAGUUUGAGCGUCUCAAGACCCAGUCGGCCAGCUUGGAAACCGAUCUCUUCGCUGCUCAGCAACUGGCUGCUACGCGCUUCAAGGAUCUCACCGAUCUGCGCGAGACCCUUCAGAAGGUUCAACCCGAGCUGCGCAAUCUACGCGCUGAAUCAUCCGAGUUGAAGACAAUCAAGGAAACUCUCGCUAGUAAAAAUGGCGAAUUGAGAAACCUCGAGUCUAAAUGCGAUGACCUCCGCGCCGAACUGAAGUCCUCCAAGACUAGAGUAUCCGAGCGUGAUUCGGAAGUCACUACUUUGAACAAGAAGAUCCGCCAAGAGACGGAUAGUCGCCUUAAGGCCGAGGAGCAGCUCACGGUUGCUCAGUCUGAGCUGCGAUCUGCCGAAGCUAGGAAGCAGGACGCUAUUAAUGCCAAGGACAAGACCGCGGGAGACCUUAGCAAGGCCCAGGAUGGGCUGAAGAGCUCACGCGUGAAGAUUCGUGAGAUGGAGGAGCAAAUGUCCCAGUUGAGUAAGGAGCUUGAGGGUCUGAAGGAGGAGAUCCAACUCAAGACUGCACAGCAUGCUAGCGCGCAGAGUCUAAUGGGCAGCAUGCGUGAUCAAACUGCUGAAGUGGCCAUGCAGAUGAAGGAGGUGAAGGAACGAUGCGAUAGUCUGGAAGAAGAAUUGGCCGAUGCUCAUCGCUUGCUGAAUGAGCGGACCCGCGAGGGCGAGACUAUGCGCCGACUGAUCAAUGAUAUUGAGAGUCGAGCCGAGGCCAAGGUGCGCGACUUCAAGGAGCGCAUGGAAGCUGCUGUUGAAGAGCGAGACCGUGCCGAAGAUGAAGCCAGUACUCAGGGCCGUCGUCGUGCCCGGGAAAUGGAAGAAUUGAAGGCCAAGGUUCGCGAAGCUGAACGGGCACUCCGUACCGCCGAAGAGGACAGAGAGAAUCUCGAACAGUCACAGAAGGACUGGCGUCGUCGUCGCGAUGAACUCGAAUCUCAAUCAGAGCGCUCCACCGAGGAACUAGCUGAAACUCGCCAAGCUAUGACCUCUCUCCGUGAACAGCUUGAUGAAAGCGAGAAGCAAGUACGCGAUCUCGAGAAGGAAAAGGCCGAGCUUCGCCGCUCUGUCGAGGAAACCAGUAACCGACUGGAGAAGCUGCGUCGAUCUCACAAGACGUUGGGUGAAGAUGUCCGCCUCCGUGGACUGGACUCUGGUCGUCAAUCUUCACGGUCGUCAAUGGACUCUGGUUCUCGCCGGCCAAGUGGCGUCCUCUCUCCUCCACCUCCACAAGACCGCAGUACGUCUAGUCGGAGAAGUGAGACCCCCUCUGGUACUGGUGGUGGUCCUAGCGGGUCGAUCGACUACAUGUACCUGAAGAACGUUCUGCUGCAGUUCAUGGAGCAGAAAGAUAAGAGUUAUCAGAAGCAGUUGAUCCCUGUGCUGGGGAUGCUGCUUCAUUUCGACCGGACCGACGAACAAAAAUGGAUGUCAGCUAUUAUGUCCCGCUGA